GUCGCUGCCAAAGACACCAGUUUGCGAUCUCUUUCUUUGAUAUAACCCGAUAUCAUCUCACCUAAGAAUAUUCAGGUCUUUGGGCUACUCUUUCAUACCACGGUGAUGAUCAAUAAUUAGUUGCAGAGAUAUGGGCGAUCGACGCCAAGCAAACAAAUGGAAUCAUGGCGACAACGAGGCUUUGUACCGGACUCGGACGAGGAGGACGAAUUCGAUACGCAAGGCUCCUUGGCAAAGACGGUGAACGGAGAUAGUGUGUUUGAUGGGGCACAUCCCGGCGAGGAAGAGGUUGAACAGGGCGACAUCGACAAUGGGAGGGAUGUUCUACGAGUCAAGAAUAAUUCCGCAAAGGGCUCACAGCAGCUGGUGGGCGAGACUGUCAAGGAGAAGGAUAUCGAUCCGCUUACAAACGGCCAUGAACAUCUGGAUGGCUUCUCAGAGAAGGUUGCAGGAGACGAGGGCGAAUCCACCGACGAGUUGAUGAGCGACCCAGAACAGGACCAUGAAGAAGGACAGGGAGAAGAGGAGCCCGAUAUAGAAGAAUCCCAGAUCGUUUCGUUCUCGAGAAACACAGAGCAAGACACAGAAUCUUUGUCAUCGCAGCUAUCUGCACUUCCAGAUCUCGCCAGACCAUCAACACCAUCUGCCAAGCAAGCGGUCAACUUCUGGGAUAUCCCUAGUUCUCCGGACGAGCUUCAAGCGGACAUUACGACGGCUCAGAAGUCUACACCGCAUGUUUGGCAGGAAGGUCAAAGACGUGAUGAUGUUGGAAUUCAGCCAAGGGUCGAUGACGAUGCCUCUUCUUCCUUGUCCUCACCUCCGUCGUCUCUCCAUUCCAUACCUCUUGUCAGUAAUCAAGAGCCGAACGAACAUGAGGAAAACGGUGCACCAGCCGAAGUCAACGACAAUUUGGAAAGCCUGCUUCCUUCUCUUGAUUUUCCACAGGAAAUCCUGGCUGAGCUAGAUCAGCCAGCGCGGAGAUCCUUGAGACAACGCAACCCCAUCCAACUACAUCCGUAUCUUCUAGAGGAUGCCCAAUACCAGAAGCUCAUGAAAGCCAGAGGGGUGAAACCUGUCCGAUUGAUGAGGUAUUAUGAGGAAAUGGCCAAAGCCUCCGGCGAAAGCCAGGAACAGGCUAGUUUCGAUUCCAUUCUGCCGCCUGCGAGCAGUCCUGCUACAGAUUUCCACCCCCCAUCGUCACCGAUCAUUCCUGGAGACAACACAAUAGAAAUUCUACAUCAUCGUCGUCCACGGGGUCUUUCGCCAACGGCGAAUCUAACUCAUUCGGAUAAAAGGCGCAAACUGACGCAUCACAAGAGCGGGGGUGGGGAUGACGGUCCUGAACCUUCGACAUCAAAUUUUCUGGUGCUCAUUGAUCAUAAUAGAACUCCUGGUGGUCCACAAAAUAAGUCAAUACUCAAUGUCCCCCCCAGUCCGCCUUGUUCAGGAAGCAUCUCGUCCACGCAGAGCACGACCCAUUCAGGAUUCCGAUUUCCCAAGGGAUUUACGCACCCAACGCUGACUACGCCUGCAACUGAAGCGAGUUUAAGAGUCAGAAAUGGUCUCGUAUCUAAAAUAGAUGAUUCUACCGAACCAAAUGCUGUCCAUGAAUUGACCGAUAGCGACUCAAACCCGCCACUUGAUGAACCCCAUUCAGAGACGGAGAGUAAUGGGGACCAUGGCCAGGAAGAAAUAGCGGUUCGGCGAUUGCAACGAAGGAUCAAAGGAGUUCUUCCGGCAUCCUGGCUUAGACUCGACUUGAAGCAACAAGAAGAGAAACGUCUUUCCUCGACUCAAAGAAACCGCGACUCAACAUCCUCACAUAGAACAGAAAAUGCCAAGGGUGUUGCGAGGAAGGUGAUCAAGACAACUACCUCCGUCGUAUCUGAUGAUACUAGGCGCCAGCGAGUACCAUUGCUGCAGUUUUCUGAUGAAGAAGAAGAUGAUGAGGCUACUCAUGGGACCAACCGCUCUAUUUCUGACCCCAAACAAAACAAUGCUCCACUCACCACGUUGGCUGAUAUAGUUGGAUUUGACGAUUCGUUUGAUUAUGAUAAUGAUGGUGAUGAUGAUAUUCCAGAAGACAAUCGCAUCGACUACAUGUUUCCAUCUAUACCACGAAGCGCGACAUCAUCCCGCAGAGAAAAGCAUGGGACAAAGCGACCAAGGUCCGCAAAAGAGAAAACAAGUACCGAGAGGCAAUACAAACGGGCCCGUCUCAAACGCCAAACGAGACUGACAGACUCCCAAUAUGGUGGUCAAAAGGUGAAACGACCUUCAAGAAGGGUGCCCAAGAUCGGGAUCCUGGAUGCCCCAGAUGUUUCACAAAAACCGCGCAAUGAGCAACCUCAAUUUCUUCGGGUUGCUGCAAGACAAGCCCGAGCUCGUAAAGACAAGGGAAGACGAAGUCCCACACGAAAAUUCUUGAAACUUGGCUCCCAGGCCGACACGGAGGACGCAAAUAGAUCUCUUCACGAAUGGCGACAAGGAGGGAUUCGACAGACGAUUUUUCCUAAAUCUCAGCCCAAAACUAUCUCACAUAGACGCCAGCCAUUGCAAUACUCCUCUGCCAGCGAACAAAACAUUAACAGUGCUUUUGGUAAUGAUGAACGACAAAGACAAAUUAUUGACUUAUCAGACGAUCAUCUAUCUCCAGGAGAGAAAGGCUUUGCUGAGGGUGCUUCACGUUCAGCUGUCAAGCCAAUACAACCUCUCGUCAGGUCAGGGGGUGCUACCACAGCACCAAAUCAGCAUCAAAGACUCGGGAACAAGUGGAUUGUUCGAAGAAACUUUGGUGUGUCCAGUAUGUCGAGGAAUGCUCCGAGGCCUGCAGGGCCUGACUUUGAGGAUCUCGUGGGCGGCCAUCGUUCAAUGCCAUCUUUAUUCCAAAGAUCUCUUUCCCUGCUUAAUCAGAGGUAUCGACAUGCGCGAGCCUCCGGGCCACAUCGUUCAAGCCUACCUCUGAAUCGGUUCCUUUCUGAAUCAUCUCUGCCCUCUCACUCCUCUCUUGGAAAUGCGCAAAAUUCCUCGUCUUCGGAAUCGACCAAACAAGAUAAUGCAUUCUCGAAACUCCAGCGUCAACCCAAAGGCCAGCGGCUACGGAAGCGACCUCCGACACGCAUUGAUGCUCAUGCUGUUGAUUUUGAACAGCCGCCGCCAGUAACUUUCGACGACUCAGGAUCAAUUUCAUUGCUCUCGGACGAUGUUCAACGCUCGCAAGAAGGGUUGGUAUCAUUCCAACGGUCGUACACGAUCAACUUCAACAUCGCCCCUCUACAGACAGGUACUUUCUUCCAUGAGUCCACCUUUUUAGGAAGUGGCGAGUUUUCUCGAUCUUUGGAGGUUACUGCGCGAAACAUGGACAAAGAGGAUACUGCUCUGCUCACCAUUCGAGUUGGUAGUAAAUCUUUCCGUUGGGGGGCAUGGAACGACUCGGUAUCAACCGAGUUCGGUAUUGCCUUUGAUACAGUAAUCGAAAGCAUUGAGAAGACAAGCUCGGGUCCAUUGGAGGCCUCUUCGGAAAUCUCAAUUAUUGAGCCAUGGACCAUAUACAGGUCGAUUGUUCAGUAUGUCUCUCACAUGCUCGUUUUUAUCGACCCUGUGGACAGGUCAUCAUUUAUCGAAACGGCGAUGUUCCAGAUUUCUAAAGUUUGCAAUGCCUUGUCAGAUUUUUGUUCGUCUAACGAGAACAAAAAAGACACUUGUAUGAGACUUGCCUGUUUUAACCUCACAUUCGCAAACCAAGUCUACCAGGUCGCUUUUCAUGACCUUGUUGACAGUGGCAUGAAGGCCCAAGUACUGACGCUUGUCAAAUCGGCUGCAAAACAGCUUUUCUCGAUCAUAUUUAGCCAAAGCUCACUGCUUGAGAUUCGCAAAUUCCUCGAUCUGAACAGGAUACAGGAGAAUCGAGACUCUGGAAUUCGCGAUAACGCCCCUGCUGUCGAGGGCUUCAUAGUUGCUUGGCACAUCUUGAGCAACGUGGAUGAUCUGAAAGUAUGCCUUGAUAACCUCAUCGCAGAGAGCUGUUUAGGGCGCGCGAUCCAGGAUCCGGCAAAGCGCAAAGAUGUCAAGUUCCUAGAGGAUGGGUGGCAUAGCCUGUACACAAUUCUGCCACUUGUGGAGAUCAACCAACUAGGCAUUGCUCGCAUUGGAUCUCGCUUCAAUCAUGCCUGGGGCAAUUGGAUGGUCGUGAAACAACUGUUACAACCGGUCUUGAGCGAAUACACAACUGGUUCCACCGCCCAGCCAAUUUCCUAUAACACUUACUGUCGUGUGGUAUUCCAGCGGUGUUUUCAACUCAUCAAUAGCUGGGGUUGGAGAGACUGCAAACUCAUACUUGAUACACUCUUCGAUUUCUUCGCAACCAACGCCCUGUAUAACUUGCGACUCGAGGAAAGCUUUGGGUCGCCACCAUUCCUUGAUGAUCUUGAUCGCAAUCCUCCGCUGGAGGUGACUUCCGGCGAAACAUGCUUUAGCAUCUUGCUGAAAAUCAUCGGCAGUGGGCUACGAUUCUUGUCUAACAUAUACGACAAGAAGAGGAUCCGCAAUUAUGCUUGGCGAUUGUUGCCUAAUCAUGGCCGUGUCUAUCCCAAGGAGAAGGAGCUGAAACGCGAAGACCUAGAUGCGUUGAGGAACCAUCAUGAUCUGCUCUGCACAUUAUACUGGGCUGUUCCUGACGAGUGUCGUCCUCGACUCCAGACGAUCCGCAGCUUGGUGGAUCCUGCCACUUCCCAUCUCGAGACACUUAACAUCAGUAUUCGUUCGUGGGUGAGGCUUGUUCGCUUCAAGCUAUCAACAGCUGAAGACGUAUCUGGUCUAGAACCGUUUGCCGAUUGGUACGGAUGCUUUGUGACCGAGUUGAUAAGACAGCAUUCUCUCGCCCGCACGGAAGUCGAGGCUCAAAGCAACACAGAUGCCCGUUUCUCCCGUCAGCAGAUUGACAACGUCAUUUCCCAAAACCAGCGACAGAUCGAAUCAGUAUUGAGCACGUCCCUGGGCGGAUUACAAAACGCAGUCAAACAAGCUUCAAAUAUGGACUAUGCAGAGGUCCUCGUGUCUAAAAUGCCUGUCAAGCUCUUGCUAUCACUCUUCAACCCUCAAACGGCGCGCGUGAACAAAGUGGUCUCCGAGACGUUGGAGGUUAUCUCGACGUAUGUCCAGAAAGAUUCACCUCUAUCUUCGAAUCCUGCCACUACAUCUGCCGCCCCCAUCUCAACAGACGACGAUAGCCAGGAGUAUGGUGAUUGGGCCGAUAUUGAUGCGAUGUAUGGAAAUGAAGAGCCUCAGUCAAGCCCAGGGCUCGAGUCCGUCGAAAAGGUUUUCCACCCAGCCGUUUCUCGUCUUGUGUCCAACUGCUUCGGUGAGGACCUCAGACCUGAAGAUGAUUUUCUCCUUAUCGUCGUUGAUUGUUGGACCUCUGUCGCCCACGCACUUGCCAAACACAGCUUAAGACAUUGGGACAGUUAUCUCAGCCCCUACGAUGGGGAUUCGUGGACCACGCUCCGAUCUACUGUCCAGACGCGGAAGUUCACGUCGCAGUUCCUGGCCAGUUGCAUCGAAAAAGAUACGCAAUUUCUCUCGGAAUGUAAAAUGCAGAUAUUUGGCAUGUGGAUGUCAUCUCUGGUAGAAAGAUCCUUGAUGCUCAAAUUCCAACACCGGCUUACAGAAGCGCUGUUGAAUCGAGACCCUGGAGAUCCCCUGCUUAGGAAUCUGCCUUUUUCUAAGGAUCGAAGCACCAAUGUGUAUUCAAUCACCCUAGAAGAGUUCAGCCAACGAAGGCUGUCUCUGAUAUCAAGCAUACUUUCAAACAUGCGGGAGCAUCUCCGGGACCUAGAAGAGUCCGGGUCUCGAAAUCAUUCGUCCACCAGGAUGGAGUAUAAGGAGCUCCUUGGAAGGAUGAUGUCGUCUAUGAAAGCAAAUUACCAAGAGCUCGGGAAUGGCACUGAUAUUGCGCAAGGAGCUUAUGUGGACUUUGUCCACAGUAUCAUCGGGUUUCUUCAGCAACAUACUCGAGACAUUGGACCUAUUGAUCCUUUUUUCACCGACCCAACCUCUUUUCCCCUCCCUUUGACGGAUCCAACAUAUAUCGUUGCAAAGUUGAAGAGCUAUGAGCCGAAGUUACUCACGGAAAAGGUUGUGAAGACGCUCGUCAUAUUCAUUCAAGGCGUAUCAGAGCGGGCAGCAAUUGACGGGCAACAGAGGUAUCUUGUCAACCAGCUGUGUGCCUCAAUGUCUGGCACAUAUGAAGGUGGGAACCUGAAAAAGCCCACUCUACGAGCAUUUUUGCUACAAUGUCUGUUUCCUCCUUAUCUUGAGGCGAUCUUCACCAAUCCGGCUGCGUGGAUCCUGGGUCGACCUAUUCUGGAGACCAUGUCGCUCGUGUUCAAGGACCUUCUCCUCGAUGUCGACUCGACUGAUCACAACUGCGUUUCCUCCGUCAUGAGUAUUUUUGACACGGUCUUCCACUCCACAUCCCAAGCCCUCCGUCAGAUCAUAGACAAUCCAGAUAUGCUCAAGGAGCCGACAGUUUUGUUGACUCUGGUCGCUUUCGUCGAGACGAUGACAUCCGCGCUACCCGUGGUCGAUUACAUUGAUCGCGCCACUGAAGCCGGCGAAAACAUCAUCCUGAAGAUCCAAGCCUGCUAUCAGUUUGCUCGUUGGUCUGUAUCUCGACUACGUGAUCCAUCACUAGUGUUCGGCGGGGGCUCUCUGGAGAAGCCCUUGUCGCCAUCUUCAUCGUCAGCCGUCCCACCUUUCUUCCAACAGACUCGCAGCGUAGCCACGCGCGAACUGCAGGCCUACAUCAACGAGAGCUGGUCUCGCUUUCGUGAAAAAUACUACUUCACCCGUCGCGGUGCCCACCAGCCCCAGGAAGUGAGUCUAGAUCCUGAUAUUGCCGCGAAUCUAGAAACUUCGGCGGAACCGAUGCUCGAAAAGGCCGUUGAGUCUCUCAGCGGCGUCUGGGAAGCAUUGGAAUUAGGGGACAAUUGAUGUCUAAGAAUCAUACCGUUCUUAGCAAUGCUACAAAGGGGGAUUUCCGGAAUCAUAUGAGGACUUAUGAUACAUGUUAUGACUUACUUUUUACACGAUACCAAA